UGCAUUAUUGAAUGUGUGCAGUGGAGUAUCAAAAGAGGAUGCAAUACGUGUACUUGGAGAGGGCCACAGAAGAACAAUUGUGUGUCCAGAAGCAAGUUAGAUGUACUUUUUAGUGGCAAACUCGGGGCUUUUGCGUGAAUCUGUGAAGCGAAAAUUGUGUGCCAUGGUGAAGGGGAGUGUGUAAGAAGGUGUUCCGUGUAAUAACUUAUAUAAUAUUAAGACAAGAAAUAAUGGUGUCCUCAUGUGAGGUCUCCUGCGAGGGAACCUGAUAGUUGUACAUAUCGCGACGGUCGGCGUAGAGUGUGGCUGCUUUUGGACAGUCUCAUCCCUGGGCAGAACUGGGGCUGAUAAAUCCCAAAUUGACGUGCAGUGAGCGAGAAGAAACGUGGAGUAUCACAUAUCCGACGGAAUUUAAAAGAAUGGAUAUUUAUGUAGGAAGAUAGAUGAAUUUAUCAUACUUAAAUCAUCAUAAAUUUCUAAGGCUUAACCACGAUGAUACACAAUAUCGACAGUGCGCUGCGAGAGGGUAGAAUUUAGGGCGAGCGCGUGAAUUUUCACAUAUUCGGUGGUAAAGUGCUUUUGGUGGAAAAAGCAAGAUGGCGGUUGACCGCAACGGCAUCAGUAUCGACUAUUGCAGAAAGUGUACAGAGGAGAGGAAGCGAAGUGCUCCAUGGCACCUCUGGGGCCGCUUCGGGGUGCAAUUCGGCGAGUCCCUGCGGAGCCUGGCGCCGCGGAAGAUGGGCCUCAUACAGAUGAUGUACAUGACAUUUUUCUACAUGACCUUUUGUAUCUGCUGGGCCCCCGUGUGCUCUGGCUUCCUGCUCGACGGCUCGCAGACAUCCUUCGCCCAGUUCCGAAAGUGGUUCACGGGGCUCAACGGCUCGCUAGAGCUGGAGUUCAAGACGGAGCAGCCAAAUGGGCUGGUGCUGUACACAGAUGACGGGGGAACGUAUGACUUCUUCGAGCUGAAGCUCGUCGAGGGAGCCCUGAGAUUGCGCUACAAUCUCGGCGGAGGUGCUCAAAUAAUCACCGUGGGUCGUGAUUUACAUGAUGGACACUGGCAUAAAGUGCAAGUACUGCGCAGUGAUGAGCAUUCGACACUAACCGUUGAUGGAGUGUCGCAGACGCGGUCGUCCAGGGGAAAGGAAUUUCAAUUUGGAAAAUUCGCUACUAAUUCUGACGUAUUUGUUGGUGGAAUGCCAAACUGGUACAACUCUAAAUUGACCCUGUUGGCACUGCCCAGCGUAAUAUUUGAGCCUCGAUUUAGGGGCUCAAUACGGAACCUCGUGUAUGCCGAUCAGCCUGGCGUCCCUCCCCGACGGCAGGAAAUGCGCCAACCUCGGGAUAUAAAGUGUGGCGAUGCUCCUUGUGACGUUAAUGAAUUGCCGAAAGAGAAAGUCACGCGGGGCCUUCGGAAUGUAACAGAUGCUUGCGAACGACACGAUCCCUGCCAGCAUGGUGGCAUAUGUAUAUCGACAGAUUCUGGGCCAUUGUGUGAAUGCAGGAAUUUGGAAUAUGAAGGAAUGUACUGCGAAAGAGACAAGGCUCCAUCAGAGGCCACUUUUCGGGGCACAGAGUUUCUCUCCUAUGACUUAGGACAGACCGGAGGGGAACCGAUUGUGAGUGCUCAAGAUGCAAUUUCACUGUACUUCAGAACCAGACAGCCAAAUGGGUUGCUCUUCUACACUGGCCACGGAACGGACUAUCUGAAUCUCGCUCUCCGCGACGGCGGCGUAUCGUUAACCAUGGGCCUAGCGAAUGGGAAGCAGGAGAUGCAUAUCAAGCCCUCCCGAGUUAGAUUUGAUGAUCAUCAGUGGCACAAAGUCACAGUUCAUCGCAGAAUUCAAGAGAUAUCAUCCAUUACGAGCUUUUGUCGGCUGGUGGCCGUGGUUGACGAUGUAUACACUGAUCACUCUCAUAUCGCCGGGAAGUUCACAAUGCUAUCCUCCUCGAGAGUUUACGUGGGUGGAGCUGUUAAUCCUCGUGCACUCCAGGGUGCCAGAGUGCACAAUAACUUCGUUGGAUGCCUGAGGAAGGUGGAAUUCUCAGCAGACACACUGCGUCUCAACCUCAUCGAUUUAGCCCGCACGGGGUCCAAAUUGAUACAAGUCGCCGGAAGAGUUGACUACAUGUGUCCGUCCGGAGACCCUCAAGACCCCGUCACAUUCACAACCAGAUCAUCGCAUUUGACACUUCCAAUGUGGGACGCCUCUAAGCAGGGGACAAUCUCCUUCAAAUUCAGAACAAAUGAACCUAAUGGAUUAAUUGUAAUGAACAUUGGAACUCGACCACCCAAGUCUGACACCUUUGCCGUGGAGCUGCUCAAUGGCCACAUCUACGUUCACGUGGAUUUGGGUUCGGGUGCUGUCAAGGUGCGAGCCUCUCGACGCCGCGUUGAUGACGGUGUGUGGCAUGAGUUGAUGGUGAAGCGCAGCGGCCGGGAGGGAAAGGUGUCCGUGGACUCUGUGUGGAAUGAGUUCCGCACCCCGGGCGACUCCACACAGCUCGAAGUGGACGGCCCGCUCUACAUCGGUGGCACUGGACCGGCCUAUGCCAAUGUUAACUGGCCUCCAGCUGUUUGGACAGCGACACUGCGACAGGGAUACGUUGGAUGCCUGCGAGAUGUGGUGCUGAAUGGUAAACCAGUUGAUAUUGCAGCUUAUGCGCGACAACAGGACUCGGCAUCUGUGAAGCCCAGCUGCCAUGUGGUAGCAAGUCAAUGUGGAGGCUCACUGUCCCCCUGCCAGAACGGAGGAUCGUGCACCGAGGGCUGGAACAGACCACUCUGCGAUUGCUCCUCAACCCUUUACACGGGUCCUACUUGUGGCAGAGAAUCUGCCACUCUGGCGUUCAACGGCUCUCAACACAUGACCAUUUGGCCGAGAGGCACUCAAGGUACCCGUACUCAAACAGAAGAACUCAUCCUCCGCUUCAAGACAGCUCGCCCGGUGGGUCUGCUCCUGCUCACCAGUGCGGAAUCCAAUUCGCCAGAUCGUCUCGAGUUGGCACUUGUGGCCGGCCGUGUGAGGGCAAGUGUAAGAUUGGGUGAUCGCGAGAAGAAUCUAUUAGCAGGACAGGGCGUGCUAAAUGACAACAAUUGGCACACCGUGCGCUUCUCGAGGAGAGCCUCCAAUCUGCGGCUACAAGUUGACGGGGCUGCCCCCGUCAGGGGUACGUUAUCCGAGACAAUUCUGGGUAGACACAGUACAAUGGAGAUACGCUCGAUAUAUUUGGGUGGACUGUUUCAUGCUGAGGAGGAAAUUCAAAUGACCUCCAUGAUGCCACACUUUGUCGGCCAAAUUCAGGGCUUUGUCUACAAUGGAAAUAGGUACAUUGAUAUGCUGUGGAGUUUGGGCACGGAAGUAACGGCUCUGCCUUCCGUGUCAUUUAAAUUGACGGCACGUUUUGUGAAUUCACCACCUGGAAAUCCUUACCAUGCCGCCACAUUCCGCUCCAAGCACUCCUACGUGGGCCUCCCCAUGCUGAAGGCGUACUCUGAUGUGCUUAUUGAUUUUCGCUUCAAGACACUGGAGCCCAAUGGCUUGCUCUUCUACAACGGCGGCCGUCGGAGUGAUUUUAUCGCCCUGGAGCUCGUCAACGGGCACAUCCACUACGUCUUCAACAUGGGCGAUGGGGCUGUGACGAUGCGGGACAAGAGCAGAAUGCACAUGAAUGACAAUCGAUGGCACUCGGUCAGCGUGCGACGACCCGGCCCCAAGACUCACUCCCUCAUAGUGGAUGACGCUAUUGAGGUGCAUUCAGUGCCGGGAAACAAUAUGCACUUGGAAUUGGAGGGAAUCCUCUACGUGGGUGGUGUAUUUAAGGACAUGUACGCCAAAUUGCCGCCCAGCAUCACCUCUCGGAUGGGCUUUGAGGGGUGCAUGGCGUCGCUGGACCUUGCUGACUCUUCCCCGAACCUCAUGGAUGACGCCGUGGUGCCGAGCUCUCUGGUGGUCAAUGGGUGUGAGGGCCCCACCAAAUGCAGCCAGAACGCCUGUGCCAACCGAGGCACGUGCGUUCAGCAGUGGAACGCUUACGCUUGCGAGUGCGACAUGACAUCCUACACAGGGCCAACGUGCUAUGACGAGUCUGUGGCGUAUGAGUUUGGCCACAAUCGUGGCAUCAUUCACUACACAUUCCCACCAGGUAACCAGCCCGACACGGAGGAGGAUCAAAUAGCCUUGGGUAUCAUCACAAUGAAGUCCGAUGCCGUGCUGCUUCGCAUCGAGAGCUCCACCACGCCCGACUACAUGGAGUUGGAGAUUGUGGAGGGAAAUGUGUUUAUGGUGUACAAUAUUGGAUCUCAUGACUUGCCGCUGGGCGAAAUCGGUGUUAAAGUCAAUGAUAACAAUUACCACGUGAUAAGAUUUUCCCGCUCAGGUGUGAAUGCAACCCUCCAGCUCGAUGACUACAAUGUCCAGGUGCUUUAUCCGCAAGGGCAUCACGCGACCACCUUCAACUCAAUGGCAAACAUUCAGGUGGGCGGCAAAAUAAACCGCAACGGCAGAUCACGAAUAGAGCGUCCUUUCGCUGGAGUCAUUGCCGGCCUGUCGCUAAAUCGCCUUCGCGUGCUGGACUUGGCGGCCGAGAGGGACCCACACGUGAACGUUCGUGGGGACGUGCAAUUGGUAACGGGUGUAUUAGAUAGAAAUGAUCUGCAACGAAUGCAGCAGACGCCAGCAAGUGGAUACCCCGGCGUGAUGGAUGAUUUAAUAUUUUCUGGAGCCGGCUCCGGCUGUCGUGGCGAUGACGAAGAUGAAUGCACACCGCCGUUUGAGUCGGGAUCAGGAGACGACUUGAUAACACCGGUUUACGUUCCACCCACCAAGCAGCCAUCCUCCACCAAGGGCACUAAAUCCAGCAAGGCGGAUGGCACCUCGCCCGAGAGAACGUGCGACGACGAGGACUGCAUUCAUGGAUCAGGGUUCGGUGAGACGACUGAGUCUCUCGGUGGAAGCACAACCAUCAAAUCGACAGAGCAAGGACCUGACGGCACGUCCAGCCACAUGGAGACAACGCCAUCGGAGACCCACAAGAUAAGUUCAGCAUCUGAGACGAUGAAGGAAUUGGACUCAACAACGGGCGUGUCCGGAGGCACAACAGUGUCUGUUGGCGUGAGCACAUCCGGUGAGGGAAGUACUUCGACCCUGGGCGGCAGCACCAGCUCAGUGGGAAGCUCCUCGACAGCCGGAGAGACGAGCAGCAGCUCUGCCGGUACGACAACCACGUCCACGAGCAGCAGCACGAGUACGGCUAGUAGCAGCAGCACCUCAAUCCUCACAACACAGGGCCUGGAGACGUCGGCGGCGGAGCGCGAGUCCACGUGGGAACACGAACCGGUGGAGACGACCAGGGAGAUCGAGGAGAGCACACCGCCGUACCAGGAUCCCCAUCCGCCGAUCUACGUGCCCACGCUGCGGCCAAAGCACAAGGGCGGCCGUAUCAACUCUGAGGCCGAGGAACGCACGGCCAUGAUCAUCGGCAUCGUGGCGGGCGCCCUCAUAGCUGUGAUCCUCGUUAUACUACUAGUCUUAUGGUUCAAGUCCAAUGGCGACAGGCCUUACAAGGCGGAAGUGGACAAGGGCGGCGCCUUCGGACAGGGCCCCAAUGCCGCCCUGCUGGGUGGCGGCGUCGCAUCAAAUGCUCACCAUCACAAUCCCGCCCAUCAUCCCGUGCAGCAGAUCCACCAUCCCAUCAAUGGCUCCAAUCUCUCCUACAACGGCUCCCUGCGCAACGGCCACGACAAGGCGAACUACAUGGCGUCCGUGGCGAAGCCCAAGAAGCGCGACUCGAAGGACAUUAAGGAGUGGUACGUCUAAGUGUUACGAAGGCAAGUAAACUAACAAGACGACCUACAAUAACUCUAUACUCUAAGGUGAUUUCUUUAGCAGUUACCUUUUUGAUUGAAGAUGUAACGAUAUCGUUUUUACAGAUAUUUUGUAUUGUAGACAGUGGUAGAAUUUUAUAGUUUAACAAUUGGCUGAAGCAGGGACUUUUCCAGAUGCUUCAGGCACUUAUUGGUACUCGGAGAUGGUGGUACAUUUUGCAGUAAUGCCAGGUUAAGACAGUAAAUCGGUGGUUUCUUGGCCAAUUGAAUGUAAUUGGUCACUUCAGUAAAUAGUUAUUGCCAAUCGUGAUAUUUCUUUCUUACGCAUUGAGUAUUUUACGCUAAUUUUACUCUCUGACAAUAAACAAUUGGAACAGUUAACGAAGGCGCCUAAUUAAUCAAACAAAUAACAAUGAAGGAACUGUAAAUUUAUGUUUGCCACUCACUUUGAAGUUUUCCCCUCAAAACAAUUCGUGUCAAAGUCCAUGCAUAUCUCCGCCAAGUUACCGCAAAAUGUAGUCACCAUCACCUCUCUGGAAUUUAUCAAUAGUUAAGUUAACAUGAGAAUUGUUAGUUAUUGCGUCAUUAAUUAUAUAUCCCACCAUUGUCAUUGCAUUCAUUUAUGUAUCAAAACUCUACCGAAGAAGUAAAAUCCUCGACUUAACAUACACGAACAUUUUGAAAAGACGUAAUAAAAGAAGGAAAUUAAAGAAAACAACUCAAAUACUCAAAACAAGCAUAAAUGCAUAUUAGAUUCCCGAAAAAAAGCAUUAGGUGGACACCUAAGAAAUUGUGUAUAGCAGAAGGAAAGAAAAAGAAAAAAAAAUUAAAAAAGAAAAUACCCUAAAUUAAGAGUAAACGAUUUUUCUUAUAAAACAUUUGUUGCGUUAAACUUUCUUUUGUUGUAAUGUUAAAAUUUAGUGAAUGAGAAAUUGAAGUGAAUGUAUAAAUUAGAGGAAACUGAAGAUCCGAUUAUUUAGGAGAAAAAAAAAAUGAAAUAAAUUGCCAUAAAGGAUACAAUAAAAUGAUAACUUUAAAUAAAUUAUAGUAAAACGAUGAGAAGAAAAAACGAUAUGGUCUUGUGUAUAUUGUGGAGAACAGAGAAGAUGGAGAUAAACCAAAAUAACUAAUUUGUUAAGUUACAUUGCUAUCUAAAUACUAAUAAAUUUGAAUUUAAACUAUUGCAAAAUUCACAGUAAUACUAUUGAUAUAGUUAAUGCGAAGGAACUAUAUUAGAAUAAUGAUGAAUACUGGCAUAAAGUAGGAUUUGUGGUUGUUAAUUUGACUGGUUUCUCUUUAAUUUCAGUACAAUUACCAAUUCGUACCAUCCCUUGUGUUCAAUUGUCCUUAUUUCGUCGCAUGUCGCGAAUGAAUGAGAAGCACAAUUUUCAAGAGUGGAGUAGAUAAAAUGAAUUUAGAGGAAAAAAAAUGAGACGCUCAAACAUGUAUCGGAAGAAAUGUAGGCAAGAAUACGUUCCCUUCCCAAAGUAGAGCACUUUUUUUUAUUAUUAAUUAUAAUUUUCCUGCUGCUAUUUUCUUUGGUUGCAAAAUGCCAUAAUCAUGGAGAAAGACGGAGAAAUCAUCAAGAAUGAAGAGACAAUAUUGAGUUGGACGUAAUACUUCUGUUAAAGUUGGAAAAGUAGAUGCCUUUCACAUGUAUUCCUCAUGUUGAUCACUUUAUGAAUUUCGUUAUUUUGUACAACCUGUUUAUUUUUCUCUUUACUCAUAAAUAUCUGCGAAUGAUAUUGUUGAUAAUGUACAUUAAACAAUUAAAUUUUGGAACUGACACAAAUCAUGAUUUUUCACUCAUUUCAUCCUCAUCCACUUGAAUGAACUCAUCUUCAUCCUCUCAGCAUGUCACCCACGGACUCUAUUCUUGGUCACUCAUCGUUGCUACUGUGGUAGAAGCAAACCCCUUUUUGCUGACGCUAUUCUGAUCUUAUACACACAUACAUAUAUACUUUAUGUUUCGCAUCACGUGAGCUUGCUUGAGAAGUUUCCUGAAAUAUUUUCCAUUGACACUCUGCAAAAUUGAUGGCACUUUUGCAUUAAGUUGAUUGAGGAGUAAAAGAUUGUAAAGUACAAAGACGUGACAAGGAAAGUUUGAAAAGUUGUGCAUUGAAUUUCCAUGAGGUAAACUCCCUCCCUCCCAAGUUAACCCCGAAAAAAAAUAUCAUGGCAAACAGUGAACGUGCUUUUAAAAUGCCAAUUAAACAAAUCCAUGGAAGAACGCUGUGGCGAGAGGAGUUCAUUGAUGGGAGCGCUGUAGGAUUAUAAGCGUAGAACAUUAAAAAAAAUAAUAAUAUAGUAUAGUGGGAAAGAGGUAACUAAAGAACAAGGAUUCCUAGUGAGAAAAACAACUCCAUAAAAUGAAGAGAAAAUCUCCCUUUAAUAAAGAGAAAGUUUUAAAUUUAAAAUGUUGUGAAUUUUUUCUAAAUAUACAAUGUUAAAAUGAACCAACAAAUUUCCUCUUCUAUAUACCAUAUUUCUCGCCCCCCCAAAAGAGAUUCUUCACACUUCUGUGAAAACACAAUACAAAGGAAAAAGUACCACUUGUGUAAUUAUAAACUUACUGUAUAAAAGAAACUACCAAAAACCCUCUACAUUAUACUAUUCUUCAUAUCUAAAUGCCGCGGACACAUUCGGUUCUGGGAAGCGUGACAAUACUCAAGGAGAGUCUUCACACAUCCUGUGUGGAUCCUGUCCAAUCAACAGACAUUCUGUUCGUCAGACAUACCAAGAACGGCCAAAGAGUGACACAAUAUAGCUAAUGUAAAUCGACAAAAUAAUUUGCAAACUGUACAAUUUUAACAGAUCCUUCCCAAGUGCUCGAAUGUUGUCUGAAUGCCGUAAAUAUUUAAUACUUAUUGACUAAAAAUAGUUUUAAAAAAACCAAAGAAAAAAAGUAUCAAAUAUAGUCAUAACAGAAAUUACUAGAAGGUUUUUCCUUUGCGAAAGACCAUCGUAAAACUCAUAUAGAUGCUAAAACUUUUUCCAAAAAAAAAUUACUGACUCACUUUACUAACAUAUCAUUGAGUGAAGAACACUAUUUUACGUAAAAUUGAAGCAACUUUCAAACUAUUUUCCCCCUUUCAAGUGUAAUCUCUCUUGAACACUCUUCUUCAAAGUUACUACAUUAUAACUCCAGAUUUGUAAUUAAUAACAGGGUAAAUUGUAAUGUAAAGGUGAACCGAGAUUGCUUUCCGCAGCUUAACAUUUUCAUUUUCCCACCAAAGUUUCACCUUCUUUUGAGAACAUUUUAUGUCCAAAGUAUACAAAAUGUGAAAGGAAGAAUUUAUCAACACUGAUUUGAUACCAGAAGAAAGAAUUUAUAAAUUUAUUUAAAACAUGACGAAAAGGUGUAAAAAACCUUACACAUAUUUUUUGGCCAAUAAUUUAAGUGUGUGAAGAAAGAUAAGCGAAUAAAUGAGAAGACAAACUGUUUAGUAUAAGAUCAUGACUUUUAUUUGUGAAAAAAAAUGAAUAAACUAGUGUUGUAAAUAAUUAAAAGAAGGCAAUGAGAGUAAAAGAAA